AGGUAAUAUUGGUACUAAGCUGGCCGACUAUCAAGAGAAAGUCUACUCUCAUCCGGCGCUCAAGAAAUGGCUCGACGAGCGUCCAGAGGACAAAAUAUUUUCCUGUGAAAAAUCAAUAAAUUUCCGCGGACAACCGGGCGGACAACCAGUGGUGAAUUGGGUGAACGUGUGGAAAGAGCUC